AUGGCAAGAUUGCUAGCUAAGCAUGGCAUGAUUGUCUCUACUGUUACCGCACCGCUUAACUCAAAGCGCUUUGCGUCAAUUCUACCUUCACUGCACUUAUCAACUGAUUUCUUCUCUGCAUCACAUUUACUACACAAACCAGCAGAAAGAUUGCUUGUAGAAGUAGAACCAAGGCCUAUUUGCAUAAUCUCUGAUACUUCAUUGCCUUUCACAAGUCAGAUUGCUUGUAAAGCUUUCCAGAAACAGCUGGUUGAAGCCAUGUUUGGAAAUAUACAAGUGCUUAUGGAACCAACGGUAGAAGCUGAAAUGAUAAGUUAUGGGAUAUGUUCAAUGAUGAGAUUAUUUUUAAUUCUUUUGAAGAGUUGGAAUCAGGAUAUGUCCAAGAAUACGAAAAAGGCAAACGGUAACAAGGCAAAGUGUAUUGGUCCAGUUUCACUGUGCAACAAGGACAAUUACUUGGAUAAUCUCCAAAAAGGAGAUUUAAAGAAUCUGAAUGCAUGA